AUGACGAUCAGGCCGUCAACUUCUGAUGCUCCGGCUGCAUCCAUCUCAUCUACAGAGAAUUUCGACAGCUUGGACAUGCUCGAGAGGCAUUUCGAGCCGUCCUUCGACCAAAUCGGCAAUAAUCGCCUGCAGAACAUUCUCGAAAUGGACCUACCCCGACCGAAGGCGCUCCUUUCACAUCACGGUUACGAAGUGGGACAAGGCGCUAUCGCAGGUGGCGCAGUUGCCGUUGUUGUCGUCAUUUGCGUCGGAUUUCUUCUUGUACUUCUUGUGAUUGGAGUGCUGAAAAUGAGAGAUACGCCCUUACCGCGUCGACGAAAGAACAAACGACAGGAUGACGGUAUGGCUUGGGAUGAUUCUGGAAUGAAUAUCACCGUGAAUCCAUUGGAUGAUGUGGAGAAGCAUGUCGUCGAGGAUGAGUUCAGCGAGGACGACGAAAGUACUGAUGGAGAGGAAAGUGAUGAAGAGUUCCGAGAAGAAGAGGAGCUGUCCGACGAGGAGGUUGAACCGGAGGUCCUUCCACAUCUAGAUGGUCAACGCAACACACUGGAAUGGGACGAUGAUGCCGUCAUGGCCACCACAAAUGCCCGCUCCUAUAGGGUCUGA